AUGAAAAGACUUACAAAAAGUAAGGAGUUAGAGGAAAAUAAAAAAAAGGAGAGGGAGUUUAAAGAAAUUACAUCCCAAUUUAUUCAACAAGAAAGACAGAAAAUGGAAGAAAGAAUAAGUGAUAGCCUUGAUAAAAUGUUUGAUGAUGAAGUAAAGGAAAUAAAAAUUUAUAAAGAAUUUGACACCGAUUUUCAAUACAAAAAUCCAUUUAAAAUCAAUAAUACAAAUGUUGAAGAUGACCUAAAAUUUAUUACUAAAUUAUAA